CUUAAACUACCCGCGUGACCAUUGUGUGAGUCAUCCUUUUAUUAUUGCAACAUAACUUCGGACUGCUAGUGUAUAUAUAUAACACGCAAUAGUCAAAACAACUUUUGAGAUGACGAGAACACCCAGACGAGACCGUUGUCACCAGCUUAAAGUUGUUCAGUUUUCGUCCACCCGUUUUCUGAUUGCUCUGACACACCUUGAACACUACGAAGAUGGCUAAGUGUGUCACCGAGUCAUUACAACGCGUUACGGGUUUGUUGUUGUUGUUCGCGGCGCUGGUGUAUGGAAUAAAGCCAUGCAGACCGGGCACCUACUGGGACCAUGGGACCAACAAGUGCGACCCAUGUAGUUUAAUCUGUCACAUGGCCGAGAGGCAAGGAACUCUGGACGAGUGUGAAACGAAGUGUCCAGACUAUGGCCGGAUUGGGGAACAAGCUUCGCCAAAGCAAUGUAAGAAAGAUUGGUACUUCGACAAACAUGUAGCAAAGUGUGCAUCAUGUGGAGUUCUGUGCUACAAACCGAACAUACAGGACACUGUUGACGAGUGUAACAGUAAAUGUCCAGGAUUUUUGACGAAAGAAUUGCCCGAUUUGGAAGGACAGGAAGUGGUAGAACCGGAAAUGCUAACACACAAAGAACCAGCAAAGAUGACCCCGCUGGAUAUCACCAUAAUCAUCGUUGUGAGUGGUACUAUAAUUGUGAUCGCGGUUGUGCUGGUUGUAAAAUGGCUGAAAAGGCGUCGAGCAAAUAACAUCGAUGAAAAACGUCCAACUCAAGUCGUGGACAACACAAUGGACUCCGGACAGGAACACGAACUGCUUAGAUAUGCUCUAGUAGAGGUGUAGAUUAAAGACUUUCACCAGUGGAAAAAUGGAGUUUAUAACCAAUGCAUCAGUUACUGGCGGCAUGUAGUGAAACGUUGCUGGUAGCAGGAAUAGUGUCUGUACCCAAUGCAUCAGUUACCGGCGGGAUGUGGGGAAACGUUGUUGGUAGCAGGAAUAGUGUCCAUACACAAUGCUUCAGUUACGGGCGGCAUGUAGUGAAACGUUGCUGGUAGCAGGAAUAGUGUCCAUACACAAUGCUUCAGUUGUGGGUGGAAUAUAGGGAAAACGUUGUUGGUAACAAAGCAGUACCUACGUACCCAAUGCUCGAGAUCCAGACAUUAAGUUGUCAUGAAAUGGAUUUUUUCAAGGGGUUCAGCACAUCGUAUUUCUAUGGAAAUGUAGUCGAGGAAGACAACGCGCAAACGAUGCGAAUGUUCGGCAGAACAGAGUUGAACUUUAUUUACUUUCGUGGCCACCAUUCAAAGACAUCAGAGAGAGACGUAUCGGCGUCAUCUACAAUAUAUAUGCAAUACAUUAUUUAAAAUGUACGAUGCUGACGUACGCCUCAGGCGCGUGUGUAUAGGGCCGGGGUGGGGUAAGGUAGUUGGACCCAACUUGCUUUAAGCUAAUUUUCUUUUUUAAUGUAUUUUCCAGGGGAGCAUGACCCACCUCGUCAUAAAAAGUCACUUGCCAGUCACCCCCCCCCCCCCCCCCCCGCACACUUUCCUGUACUUAUCCACGGCAGACGUCAGCAUCGUAAGUUCUCCUGUUGAUUCACGCGCCAAUUUGAAUAUUAAUCAAUAUUGUUGUAAAGGCAGCACAAACACAUAUUUUACUUAUUUUGAAUACCAUAUCAAUAUGGUGAUACAAAAAGAAAAACAAGAAGUAGGCCUAUUUUAUUUCAGAAUCAUCUGUCCACACCAUCGCUAGAUACGGCCCUCGGUUAUUAUUAGUUUUCUAGUCAUGCAUAACCGUCUUGAUACAAUGUUGAGUAUUGGUGCCAUUCGAUUGUUGUUCGUCAGAUAUUUAUCAAACUUUCAAGUUUUUGUGACCAGAUGCUUUCCAAAAAUAUUUAAAGUAAAUUUAAAAAAUAUUUAUUCCCAGAAAAAACAACAAUACAAAACCAAGCUACAAACAACAACGAAACGUAUAUGAAUAGUCAUACAAUAGAUCUGUGAUGUAAUAUACCAAUCUAAUAAUU